AUGGAAGAUAUUCUUGGAAUUAGCCCACCAGAGGAAACAACUCUCGGACGCAUACUCUCUUUUGUCGACACUGAAUCUGCUCUGCAAACCUCUGUGAUGUCAAAUGGGUGUUGGAAAUGCUUCUGGGAUACACCCACCGGCCGUCUCGACGCCACAAGAAAUCUUUUCAGAAAGCGCGUUCUAGCUCACCGUGAUCACUCUCCGAUCACCAAACUCUGCUUCGAUGCGCUAACAAAAAUCGACACAGUUCUUAUAGAAAAGUGUAUACAAUAUGCCUUGAUCCACCAUGUCGAAGAACUCGACAUUCGAGCGGUUUGUGAUGAGGGAUUCGUCGAAAUGCCAUCCGAAUUCUAUAUUAGCCAGUCUCUGAGAGUGUUAAAGCUGAGCAAUGCUACUCCUACCAGAUUGAUUUUGAAACAAACAGUGGCCUUAACGAAUUUGAAGUUUCUUCAACUCAAGAACUUCUUGUUUACGCAUCAGAAUUUCAAUUCACAGAUCUUUUCUGGGUGCCCAAAUCUUGAAUCUGUGGUUUUGCGUAAAUGUGUCAUUAGUCCUGGCGAUAAACUGAAGGUUUUGAAUAUUUCAGGGCAGAGACUCAAAAAGAUAGAGAUAUUACAUGGCAGUUUUCCUUGGGAAUAUGUUUAUGAUCAACAAAUAGAGAUUUGUGCGCCAAGACUCGCUUGUUUUAAGUGCCAAGGCACUGUUCCUGAAGUGUGCUUUAAGGGAGCCAUGCCUUGUUUAGACAGUUUGUACAUAGACUUGAGCUAUCCAAGUUCUUAUGAAACGGCUGUUGUGGAAGAGAGAAUGGAGACGAAGAUGGAGGAGAUUUUGAUUAACAUGGUUGGUGAUCUCUGUAACAUGAUAUAUAUCUUUCUGUCCUGGAAGACCAUUGAGAUUCUUAGUAAUAUUCCCAAUCUGUGUGAACGUGGAGCCUCUACAUUUGGCAAUUUGAGGUCUCAAAGUUUGAGGGCACAUAAUAAACACACAGACAAGAAUGGAUCUUUUGAUGCUAUGAUCAACACACCUGGGAGCUCUGCUGGUGAGGAGUCCUUGGUCUCGGAUCUCCCCAAGGAACACAACCUGCCUACAUUUUGUAAUUUGAAGUGUCCAAAUUUGGCAGCCAACAGUAAAGGGAAAAACUUGCUCAGUGUACCAUCACGUGUUAUGUCCUACUUACUCCAAAGCUUUCCACAUGCAAAUUCUAUAACUUUCGAGUUUACUGAGGUCUCAUCUGAUGAAGAAGACUAAUGAGAACUGGUGGGUGUUGGCUCCAUGACAUAUUAGCAGCACUUGAGGAUAGGUAUAUAGGCUUUGGUCUUUUGCACUCUGUCAAGAAUGCUGCUUGUUGGAGAGAAAAUGGUCAGUACUUCUGAUAUUGGUGAUCUAAUCUUUGUACUUAAUUUCAUAGCCAUAGUGUUAAAAGUAGGAAAUGUCCCUUUGAACAUUCUUUCCUGAUGGGGAUCAUAGGUAAUAUAGGACCAGCUAGGUUUACAUGAACUGUUGAGUUUUGACAG